GCUGCUGCUUUGGGAUAGGACAUCCAACGCAUGCGCAAAACGAGGACGCCCAAACGAUCCAGAAUAGAAAUGAACGCAUGAGCACAGUUUAAAUAUUCUGUUUUCAGUGAAAACGGAAGCAAGUUGAAAAUUACUAUGACAAUCGACUAUAUACAAAAACCUGGUGUUUCGGUUUGGAAGAGUCUGCAGAGGGUGGGCUGAAUGAGAAGAUUCCCAAACUAUGAUGGCCGCCGCUUCAUACAAGAGCUCACAGAUAAUGAAUUUUCUUUCCUGCAUUUUUUUUCGUCGUACAAUGGCUCUGAAAACGUAUUCGACGUUCGUGUUUCUUAUUGCAACAGGCAUAUCUAUUGCUGACGAUGGUCAUCAUGAAAUGGAGGAGUUUCUGAAAAGGGAGCUUUCAUUGUCAAAGCCCUAUCAAGGUGUGGGUUCCUCCAGCUCAUCCCAUUGGGAAUUGAUGGGCGAUGCCAUGGUAACCACAGAGCAGAUUCGGCUCACAUCGGACAUGCAGAGCAAGCAGGGGGCAGUGUGGAGUCGCAUUCCUUGUCACCUAAGGGACUGGGAGUUACAAGUGCACUUUAAGAUUCAUGGCCAAGGCAAGAAGAAUCUGAAUGGGGAUGGACUGGCAAUAUGGUACACCAAGGAGCGCAUGCAGAAAGGCCCUGUGUUUGGAAACCAGGACCUUUUCACAGGGCUGGGUUUGUUUGUGGACACAUACCCCAACGAGGAAAAACAACUUGAGGCGCAGAAGACAAGAUACACCACACGCACACAGAGGAUCUUCCCCUAUGUGUUGGCCAUGGUGGGGAACGGGAGCAUUAGUUAUGACCAUGAACGAGACGGACGUCCCACUGAGUUGGGUGGCUGCAGUGCUAUGGUGCGAAACCUCAAACAUGACACCUUUCUCUUCAUCAGAUACGUCCGCCGCAGGCUUACGGUCAUGAUGGACACUGACGGUCAGCAUGAAUGGAGAGACUGCCUGGACAUACCAGGGGUCAGGCUUCCCCAGGGCUACUACUUCGGAGCCUCAGCCAUCACUGGAGAUCUCUCCGACAACCACGAUGUGAUCUCCCUGAAAGUCUACCAGCUGACGGUGUUACGCAGUGAGGCAGAGGAAGAUGAGGAGGGAGACGAGAUCACAAUACCCAGUGUAGAUAACAUGGACCUCCUAAGGAUGGGUGAAAAUGAAGAGGGAUGGAGUAGUAUUGCUAUCUUCUUUACCCUCCUCUUCUCCAUGUUGGGCUUUUUUCUGCUUAUUGUGGUUGGUCUGAUAGUCUACAGUCACUGGAAUGAGAAUCGACGCAAACGUUUCUACUGAGACUGAGAAAGGGAAGUAGAUCGAGGGAAGGGCGCCGCGCGUCAUAAAAACUCUUACUGCAGUCUGAAGCAUAAAACUGCACUGAAGUACUGAAAUGAAGGGUGAGACCCAAUCUAAACCAAUAUGCAGUUAUAGACAGUAGUAUCCCUGGGUUGUCAAUAAUGACCCCUGGGGAAGACCUACAGCCUCAACCCACACAUUGACUCCUGCUAUAAGUAGAUAGACACUGAGAACUCUGCACACGCUGGCCCCACAUCCUCCCUCCUCUACCCACCAACCAUGCCUUACUAUAUGCAAGUAGAGAGAGCAUAUUAUUUUCCACAGGUACAAACAGCGUGAAAAUGACCCACCUCAGCAUUGUCACUAGACUGUGCCAUUAAUUGUUUUUUUUUGUCUUUUGAAUGUCCGAGGAACACAGUUAGCGAAGUGUGCUAAUUCUAACGUGCACACGAUCAGGAUGAUAACUGUCACCAAAGAACCGAAGAUGUUAUCAGUGGCCUUUCUGGCAAUUGAAACAUUGCUGUUCGGCUUCAGUCUAUAAACUGCAUCCUAGCAUCGGGAAGGUUAUGUAACAUUUGCCUUUAUGCUGCUUGCAAUUUAAUUGUAUAUGCAUUUCAAUUGAUUAGGGCUGUUUGAAGGAAUUGCCACGUUGUUAUUUGAAAUAUUUUAUGGUUGCGAAGAAUGUACUUUUUUUGUGUGUUGUCAAACUGAAUGUGUUGUAGUUGCUGUUGAAUGCAUGAAGGUUUUAGAGUAAAUGUUUACAACUAUUUUUGUCAAGAUUCAGUAGCUGUUUUUGAUAUUUUAUAUUUCUGUGUAUGAUUAUAACAAAUAGAAAGGUGACCAACCUUCUACCUUUGGUUGCAUGGUUUUAAUGGACUUUAUUUAAAUGAGUUGCCUGUCUUAACUUAUUUGGUGUUUUAUGUGUAAUAGUCUAUACUCACAUUUGUAAGCUACAGGAAAUGGCACACAUUUUCGCACAGGCUAUUUCUUCUGAUAUAUUUAUGAGGUUGCCUGAGGUUAGGACUUGAUAUGUGUAGAGUUGAUUGAUACAGCAGAAGAGAUCACAAGUGAGGCUUUGCGCCAUCUAAUUACAUCUUUCUGUUAAAGGUUCUGUUUGAAGACCAUAGAGGACUGCACCCUAUUGCUCAUGUUGUCUUGUCUUCACUUGAUGACUGCAUUUUAUAUCUGUUGUUGAGCUACUGUGUCAGUUUGUUUCCUAAAUGUAAAUUAAGGGAUAUUUCUAUGUUGACGAUAUGUGUGUGCUUUUGCCAUAAAAAAAAAAGGUAAUGGUAAUUAAGGUAAUGCUUCCCCACUCCUUUGCUCAGAAAAUUGUCAGAUAUGUACAAUUCAGAUUUCGGAGCAGUCCUUUUGUUGAUUUUUCACUUGCAGCCCUGAAAUCAUGAACUAAUUGUGUUGUCAAUCAUUUGUGAUGGCUAGAUAGCAGUCUUUAAGCCAACUCAUGAAGGUGGUUAGAGGACUUUGUGAAACUCUUCUGAUGACUUGGUUGAUCUUGUGAUCACAACCCAAGUGAUCUUGCUCCUCAAGAUCAAUAUCAUAAGUUCUUUAAAUGCCUCUUGUAUAGGGCACCUCUGACAAUGGAGUUUAUGCCCUCAGCUAGUCCAUGUAAAUACCAAUAUGCAUUUGACAAUACAAAUGAUAGCCUAGAGCAAAACAACUAUCACAGUGCCGAAUAGUCAAACUUCAGUUAAGUGCCAAUUUUAGCUUUCACAUUUUAUAAUGGUUAAACAAAAAAUGCUUGCUUAGCAACCUGACCUUUUCCCCUCCCUAAGUAUUUGCAUAAUUGUUGUGAUUGGAGGAUAGAUACCAGGUCUAUUCAGUGAAAACUCCAAUUUAAUUUUAUUAAUAAUAAUACUAUUAUUAUUAAUAAUACUAUUAUUUCAGGGAGUGGACAAUCAAUCUAUCAAAUGUAUUUAUAAAGCCCUUUUUACAUCAGCAGUUGUCGGUCGGUCGUAUUAUUAUCAUCAUCAUCGGUGGCCACUGUACUCUUUUCCUCCUUAUUUUCUUGCGUCAUCUGUUGUUGCAGGGGCAUAGCAGCUGCAAGGGCUGAGCUUUGGCGUCAUUCUUUUCUCUUUCCUUUGCCUGUUGUUCCUGUGUCACAGGGCAUCUCGUUGGGCGCAGCUGGGGCUCUUUGGCCAAAAAGCUCUAUUAUCGUCUCAUCUGACCAGUGAGAAAUGUCCUACAUUGCAGCAUGGUCACUUUCAAGCUUCCAGAUGAUACAUUUUAAAUAAUGGCUUGUAGCCCUCCAAUACAUGCUACUUGUAUGUAGAGCUCUUGGUAUGGUUGAUUAAUACAACAUGAAUCCAUUCCCAGUCUCUCAACUGUAUAUUGUAGGGACCUUACUCUUGGCAGUACCUGAGUGGUGUUGAGCAGCUUCCAUCUGUAGAAAGCUCAUUGGUUUUCACUUUCCAUCUGAUUCCCAGACAGAAAAUGUGAAAAGAACUUCAGUGGUUCACAGGUAAAUAUUAAGUUAACUGUCUUCAUCAGGGCAACUUCAGUGGUUCACAGGUCAACAUUAAGGAAACUGUCUUCAUCAGGGCAGCAUCUUUUAUCUGAGUAAACGGAGCUUCCACAGCACCUGGAGUUGGAUACAUAUACGCAAAAUAUUUUACAUGACUAUGGAGUUGAAGUCAGGGCUAUAGCUGGGCAACUCAGGACAAACCUGUCCCGAAGCCACUCCAGCAUGGUCUCGGCUGUGUGCUUCCCAUUGUGGUCAUGCUGAGAAAUGAAUCCAAACCCAGUCUUAGGUCCUGUGCACUCUGAAUGAGGAUUUCUUUAAAGAUCUCUCUGUAUUUUGCUUGGUGAAUGGUCUCAUCAGAGCAGAUAAUCUUUUCCUCAUGCUCUUAGAUCCCUUCAGGCAACAAGUCAUGAGCCUUUUACUCAGGAGUGGCUUUCAUCUGGGAACUGGAUAAUUUAGGUCUGACUAAUGCAGUGCUGCAGAGAUGGUUAUUCUUCUGGCAGGUUCUCCUAUCUCUUCAUAAAAAAUCUGAUGCUUUGCUAGUGGCCAUUGACCACCCUGACCAAGCCACCUCUAGCCAGUUAACCUAGUUAGGCCACACGGCCAGCUCUAGGAAGACCUGUGGUUGUCGCGGUUCCAAACAUCUUUCAUUUCACUGUGCUCCAGGAAACUUUCAGUGCUUACCCUGGGCACUCAUGUCUCUCUCGUUAAGACUUAAACUUCCAGGAAAAAACAGGCCCCUCAAGAGGACUCUUACAGCUUUAAGGAACAGAGGAGCAAUUUAACUGACUAUUUUCCUUUUUUUUUUUUUUUUAUUGUCCAUUCAGUACAAGUGAAGAGCAGAAAAUAAAUUUGGCCAGGGUAUUUUUUUCAUCAAACAGAGACCAACUUUACAUUAGUUAGGUCUUAAAAAGCAUCAUUUUAGUUUUAAUUCAGAUUGUACACCUGCAAAUACUCAUCCCCUAGAUGUUGUAUUGAGUUACUGAUGGAAACAGAUCUCAAUUUACAGGUUAUUUAUGAAAACACAACACUUUCUGAAUUAUAAAUUAAAUUCUGGGUGGUUUACUAAGAAACCAUCUAGGGUAAUUAGGCUUAAGUGAUCGGAUUGUCGCCCAAAAUAUUUAGAUUGGCAUUUACCAUAUUUUUUUAAGUUUGGGCAAUGGAGGAGAAGGCUUCUUCCAAAAAGGGAUUCUAGGAGAACUGGUCAAUGCUUACCCGGGCAGGGAAACCUUUUAUGUAGUUAAAAAAAGAUGUUGAUGCACUGAGUUACAAAAUUACAAUCGUCAUGAUCACAGCUAUAACAUAUCCAUCUCCUUCAGAAAGAUUCUUUGUGAAUUUGUUUGAAAAAUUUAAACAAUUUGUUUUAAUAAUAAUAACUGAUAGAAAAGUAUGCUAGUAUCCACUCAGUUGAUUGGUCUAACUUCAACUUGGAGUGCUGAAAGUCCUAAUAGAAUUGCUUUUAUUGGGGAUUUUCAAAAUUAACUGUUCCAAAAUAUUUCUAUAAACCUUUCAAUUUUUAAAUGUGUUUCAAGUAUCUGUUAUCAACAACUACAUCACUGAUGGCGUGCCUUUGAAUUAUUACUUAAACUAUUUAAUCUAUUCCCCAACAUACGCCUACAUUUAAGUACUCCCUGUGCUAGACCUAAGAAAUAAGAAGUUAUAUAACUGCAUGUUCUGAACCAAGAAAAACUGUACAAAAUGUAUUUUAACCCUGGCACAAUAUA